AUUGCAACUUUAUAAUAAGUUUACCUGUUGAACGUUCAACUUUUUGGGCUUGUGAGCCUCAACGUCAAACAUUUCUUUAGCUGUUCGUAGUAUUAUUGGGUCAGUUGAUGGUCCUCUCUUAGUCACAUUCCUUUUUGUUAAGAACGCUUGCACGUAGAGAACGUACCUGUAAUUAAUCAACGAUUGGUGGCUUUCAAUACACUGAAACUUGCUAAUUUUAAGUUGAGUCUUCGAUAAUUAUUCUAUUUUUAAACCGCACACAGUGUCUUUACCUGGUAUCUUUCUCUAAAGAACUGAUUUCGAGAGUUUCAUUUCCAUCAAAAGUAAUCGUUGUUAAUGUUAUAUCAGAAAUCACUUCAUCCGCUGGGUGAUACGUUACAUCGUACUUAACAGAAGUAUUUCUAUCCCUCAAUUCUAGAAUAACUGUAUCAUUCGUCACUUCAAAUUUAGCAGGUUUAGUGAACACGAUAAGAUUGGUGUUAAAUUCGGAUUGUGGAACAGUCCAAGGAGUGGGCAAUGAAAGAGCCGACAUUCCAUACUCGUUUGACACUGAGUACCGCAUUCUAUAUUUUGAGUCAUCUGUACCUAUUGCAGUGUGCGUUAUUUCUAUGUUCCGUUUCACUUUCACAUUUAAGUUUCCUAGAUCCUCUGGAAUAAGAAUCGUCUCGUUUACCACACUCAAUGUCACUUUUAGAACUUCGCUCUCGUCACUACCAGAACUCACAGUAAUGUGAUAACCAGUAAUUCCCCAUGUAACGUCCUGUGCAAUAGGUAACCUGUACACCUGCCCCCCUUCUUUACCUUGUUGCAGCUUAGGAAUGUCAGGUUUGAAAGGAGCCACUUUAACUCUGACAUCGUAACUCACAUUGACUGAUCCUGCCCCAUUGUCCAGCUCACACAGAUAUCUUCCUGAGUAGAGCGGGGAGUCGGGGACUAUUUGUAUAAAGCCUUGUAAAUCAUCUAUAACUUGGUACUUGACUCCACGUUCUGACAAUGACUGUCCAUCUAUACUCCAGGUUGGCUCUGCCUCUGGAGGGGACCCGUAUCCGUAGCAUUGCAGCUGGUGCGGCUCAUUUCCUGUAAUAUCCAACUCCCGCUCUUGUGAUUUAAUCUGUAACAGGUUAUCGCAUCAAAGUUGUAUCAAAGUAAAUUAAAGCGAGAAAAACAUAAGAUUAUUUGGAAAUAUCAACAUGCAUUCAGCUAAUUUUGUUGACAAACUAAAUGUAUGAAAUGCUAAUAAUAUUAUCUUUUAACAUUUUGAAUUCCUACCUGUGAAACAAUGAAGACUUUCUUUAAGAAGAACUGAAUUGGAAUCAGUUCAUCAGGAGUCUCAGAAAUGAAUUUAACGAGGACCUCUUCGACAUGAUCAUCAUGAUACAACCAAACAACAUGAUCCUGAUCCAUCUCACCAAAACUUUCCAUCACCCAUGACCCCGCAGUUUGUAGUCUAAAAUGUUCUUUUUGGCUGUACUGUGGGUCGUGUGAGGACGAGAAUAUCUUUAUCCCCGGAUAGGGGUAACCCUGAUAGGAAAUAUUCAGCUCAACCUUGUCACUCAGUAAAAGAAGAUAAGUGCUACAAUUGGUUAGUAACUCGUUUUCAACUCGGGCUUUGCUCUCCGUGUGCGAUGUUAUCGUUAUUCGUAUUUCGUACGUUACUGGCACGUAGUGAUAAGCGUACGCCUCGAUUACACGUUCAUUGGUUAGACCGGAGUCGGGCAAGAGACCUGGCUUUAGGAGAAGUUUCACUUUACAUGUGUAUUUUCCUACUUCCAUUGCCUUAAUUUUUUCUGUAUUCUGCAAAGUUCUAUUUUCAAUAAUUUCUCCGCCUUCGUCUCUGAAAGCAUUAGUUGAUUUAUGAUAUUGUAACAAGUUUCCACUCAUGAUUGCCCAUUAUUUAUUCUAAACCCAAUAAAUUACAUUUAAAAUUGAAUCCCAAGAUAAUGUUAAUGCCCGAAAGUUCCAAAGGAAAAAUAUCAAGUGAUCAUAUACCUAACGGUCCAAGUAAGAUUUGACUCAACAAUUGCCCGGUUAUCCACAGUUAUUUUGCUUGCCCUGCACUUAAACUCUCUGGGAGAACCUUUCUUGGUAAAGGUACCGUUCCUAAUGUGCCGAGGAAACUUCUCAAAUGUUGGAGUCCAAAUUUGGUAACUACAGAACAAGUUUCGUUUGGAGGGGGAGUUUCGCUCGUCUUGCAUUGGAACGUUGGUAAUGCUGAACUUCUCUUCCAGGCGAGACAAGGAAAGACCAUAGUUAGCAUUAACAUCUCUCUCGCACUUCACUUUGAUUGGUCCCCCCUGAGAACAUUGUUCAGGUUUUUUGUAGGGAAGUGUUAUCUUAUCAGAGCUGUUGAAUUGAGCGAUAUGUCCGGCCAACCAGCUGAUCCCACAGGUAGCUCUGGAGACAAACUCAAUGUCUUCGUCGUGUUGCACGCAAUACAAAGACAUGAAGUUUCUUGCACAUGUUUCAUUUGCAACCUCUAAAGUCAUCCAUUUUUUCCGGUAGUACGUCAUGACUUCAGCUGGUCGGAUCGGUCGGUAGCACACAUCGUCCUUGAAGCAGCAUCCUGAUUUCUCGCAUACACUCUCGCUCAUACCUGGCCAACCACACUUCUUUACGUUUAUCUUCUUAGGCACAAAUUCGUCUUUGUUUCCCAAGAAGCAGUAGGAAGGAGAGAUGCCGCGAUAUCGCACCUCAUGUCGCACCUUGCUGUUCUGAGUGCAGAACUCACCACCUUCCUCUGAGGCACAAGACUCCUGCACUGACUCUUCAGCAUGAAUGUGAUGCAGAAGGAGGGCGAGGAAAAUAUAACAAAGCAUGGCGAAUAAAGGAACAAGUCAGUGAUGGCAAGUAUGGAAGUGCAGGGUAGAGUGAGUGCGAGUAUUGUGGGCAUUGUAAGCUGCUGUACAUCCGACCUUCUUUUGUUCCUUCAUUAGUCGAUUUAUAGCUCCAAAUUUUACAAUAUAAAGAUGGAGUAAAUGAUUAUGUACAUCAUAAGACAACAACUGUUCAUAUUUUAUCCUCAUCAGUAAUGGAGUACAUGAUUCGCAAGUUUUUCUAAAAUCAAUGAGACUAAUAUAAUAAGACGGAAAUAUAAUAAUAAUAAUAUGUACUAGUAAAGUAUUCUUCAAAGCUACAAAUUAUACCAUAUACAAUUUCUGAAUCUAGUUUAGACACUAUCCUGAGAACAGUACAUUGAUUAUUGAACUCGAUGUUGAACAUGCGAAUUAUGUUAUGCUGAAUAUUUUAACUGUACUUUUAAAUCCCGCUUUCAAACUCGCAUAAUAUUCAAUAUAACAUGACUGUGAUCUGGAAAAAUGUUCAAUUAUUAUUUGAUCAAUACUAAAGGAAAUUGAUAACAUUUAAUUUAAGACAACUUAAUUCAAUAGAUUUGAUUGUAACACAAUCUUCAAGUUCAAGGCAGAAAAUCAACCAAAUGAUGAAGUACCUGGUCGUUCUAGCAGUCUGCAUUUACAGCGCAAGUGCUGCAAUCAAAUGUGUACAAGGAACCGACGGUGCUAAGGCAGCAUCGGACUGUGCAAAAACUGACGAAACACUCUGUUCACAGCCAAAAUUCACUGAGUACACCGGUCUGGCACAAGGAGUAGAGUAUGCUUGUGGAGCAUGUGCCGGUGAAACCAAGGAUUUGACUUGUGAAGAGUGCACUGGUAAAGCUGAUGCUGGAUGCAACACAGCUAAAACGGUUGCAGCAGACUUCAAAUGUUACGCCUACACAUACAACGCCACAAGCAAAGCCUUUGAUGCCGCCGCCAAAGCCACUACAUGCAAACGACUUGAAGCAACCACCAUUGUUUGUAACAAGCCUAAAAGUGAUGCCACCUUGACAACCUAUACGUCCACAACUGGAUGUGGGGACUGCACCACCAAAGAUACCGCAUGCGAAAAGUGCACAACAGACAGUUGCAACACAUCAGGAGCAAUUAGAGUUGCUGCUCUCUUUGUGCCUCUUCUUGCUGUCCUCAUCAACCUUCUCUAAUCUCUAAUCUUAACAACCAAUCUCGGAAACUUAUUGAUAGGAUAAUAUUCGAUGAUAAUAUUGUAAUUUCGCACACUAAUGUUUUCGUAAAGUGUUGAUACAAAUAUUUAUAUAUAAUUGUAACGAUCGAGAUCUUUUUCUAGCA